AUGUUGCUGGGUCCCCGGGUUCUGGACGACACGGGGGGUGUUCUCUCACCCAGGUUUCCCGGGACCAGGACGUGUGGCUUCCAGUCCUGCAUCCUACCUUCUUCCCAGAAGCCGGGGGCUUCGUGUCAGCCCAGGGGCGUUGGCGGAACGUUGGUUGUGAGUGGGGUGUCGGCUGCAGGCACGAGGGACCCACUGGCUGGUGCCCACGUGGGGGACACAGAGAGGAAGGAGCCCAUCUGGCCUCCUGCGAGGGGUGAGGGCCCUGGGCCCUGCCCACCACCGAGCUCUCGGAGAUGCAGCCGCCGCGUCAGCCUGGAAGCCGGGAGCCAGGAGGCCACCGAGUGCUCCGGCGGGUCGCCCGCUGCCCUCGGGGAGAGUCUGGGUUCUGUGUGUUCAUCUCCUCACAGAGUCUACUAA